CUAAAAGAAAAUACCUAAUUCCGUGAUUUCGAAUUUCAAACGAAGCGCCAUUUCUUUCUCCUCCUGGGGAACUCUGCAAUCGCCAUGGCUUAUGAGGAAGCUCGCAAGCUCCGUCUUCAAGAGAAUCACAAGCGAUUUCAGGAUUUAGGAAUCUCCCAGAUUUCUAAGACUCUGACACAGAUUACCAAGAAAACGCCUCAGCAGCGUAACCCCAGACCCAUCGAUAAAGCCCUCUUUGCUACUGCUGAACCAAGGCGCUCUUCUCGUGUUCGUACCGUAAUUUCUUCCUAUCGCGAUGAUGUCGCCGUAGACACUGGUCGUACUUCGAAUCUGAGGAGAUCACGGCAUAGCUCUACAUGGGCUACCUACAUUUCUCGUCCUCUACAUGAGUGCAAGUUUGCAUCUUACGAAGAAAAGGUUGGAGCACUCAAUGCUGCAGAGAAGUUCCAGAGCCGCCUUAAAUCUCCACAUCCUUCCUUUGUGAAAUCUAUGGUUCGCUCCCAUGUUUACAGUUGCUUUUGGCUGGGGCUUCCUUCAAGAUUCUGUGUGGACAAUUUUCCUGAGGAAACUAUGGAAAUAGUACUAGAGGAUGAAGAAGGCGAAGAGUAUGAAGCAGUGUACAUUGGGAGAAGAAGUGGGCUCAGUGGUGGUUGGAAAAGGUUUGCCCUUGAUCAUAAAUUGGAUGAUGGUGAUGCUCUACUCUUUCAAUUGGUUGAACCAAAGAGGUUUAAGAUCUAUGUGUUUAAAGGAAAUGAGAACGCUAAUCUUACAAGCGCAGGAAAGAGAGGCAGAGCGACAAGUGAAGAAGAAGAAGAAGAUAAGGAUGUUGAAGAAUCAUGUGAUGAUGAACACAGCUCAAGAGCCACUAAGAGACCAUCCGCAAGGUUACUAAGGAAGAGGAAAGCAUAAGAGAGCUUUGUUUUGUCUAAAUGCCCCAUAUUUUUUUUUUACCUUAUGCGGCUUUUGGUUUUGGGUGGGGCUAAUACUUAUGGCAUAUUUUAAGUUUACCAACCUAAGGUAAAGUUGUUUUUCCAGUAGUAAAGUAGAACUGAAGUAUGUCUGGUAUCGGCUUUGGUUCCAAAAUUGAAAUUGUUUCCUCUCA